AUACAAGACAAACUGGAGGCACGGUUGCACUCUGACAGGAGCCAUCAUGGGGAGAGCUCUGAUACAAACCACCCUCUUUGCUCUGUUUCUGACUUUGGUGACCUCAUUACCAAAUAAAGAUGACUGGGACAUCUACAGCUUUCACAUCAACUCCACAGUGAUCAGUCGUUAUGCUACAACAGUCAUCACAAGCCGCGUGGCCAAUCGAAUGAACGAAUCCAAGGAAGUAGAAUUCCAAGUGCGGAUUCCCAAGAAUGCCUUCAUCAGUAAAUUCAGAAUGUUUAUGGACGGCCAGGUGUACGAUGGUGUUGUGAAAACCAAGGAACAGGCUCAGCAGCAGUACACUGCAGCUGUAUCCCGUGGGCAAAGCGCUGGGCUCGUCAGCUCUGUAGGGAGGACCCUGGAGGAAUUUAAGACGUCAGUGACUGUGGCCGCUCACCAAAAGGUGACCUUUGAACUCACGUAUGAGGAACUGCUGAAACGCAGACACGGCAAGUACGAACUGCAAAUCCAUGCUCGGCCGAUGCAGCCUGUCAGCGACUUCAAGGUUGAUGUGUACAUUGAUGAAAAGGCUGGCAUCAGUUUCCUGGAGGUUAAAGGUGGACUAAGCACCAAAGCUCUGGCUAAUGCCAUCACCAAAACACUGACAGACAAACAGGCAUGGGUGUACUUCUACCCAACUGAAAGCCAACAGAAGACAUGUGACAGCUGUGGAGAGCAGGGUAUGAAUGGAGAUCUGGUUAUUGUUUAUGAUGUCAACAGGGACAUUUCAGUUGGAGACAUUAAGGCAUCAGGUGGAUACUUUGUCCACCACUUUGCUCCGUCCAGUCUUCCACGGAUAACAAAGAAUGUUGUCUUUGUUAUUGAUCAAAGUGGCUCCAUGAGUGGCAGAAAAAUACAACAGACCAGGACAGCAUUAAUCCAUAUUUUGAACGAUCUGAAUGAAGAUGAUUUUUUCGGUCUCAUCACUUUUGAUGGUGACAUUUUUCACUGGAAGAGAGAACUUGUUCAGGCCACCAAGACAAACGUGAACAGUGCCAAGACUUUUGCACAAAAUAUUCCAGCCAGUGGAUACACGGACAUUAAUGCAGCAGUGCUGGAAGGAGCUCGUAUUCUGAAGGCACAUCCCAGAGAAGGUUCAGCAUCGAUCCUUAUACUUCUGACUGAUGGAGACCCCACCUCAGGGGAGAGAAACCUUGAAACAAUACAGUCCAAUGUCCGAAAGGCCAUUGCAGGCAAAUUUCCUCUCUACUGUCUUGGUUUUGGUUUUGACGUCAAUUUUGAAUUCCUUGAGAAAAUGUCACUGCAGAACAACGGUGUAGCACGACGGAUCUAUGAGGACUCUGAUGCUGACUUACAGCUGAAGGGUUUCUAUGAAGAGGUGGCCACUCCUCUGUUGACCAAUGUAACCAUGAUGUACACAGGAGGCACCAAUCUGACCCAGACUCACUUCACACAGUAUUAUAAUGGCUCUGAGAUUGUGGUGGCUGGUCAGAUCACUGACAAUGACAUUGAGACCUUCACUCCAGAAGUUAUAGCCAUUUCAGGAACAGGCAGUGUGAGGUUUUCUGACACUAAUCCCACUGUGGAAUCGACUGACACAGUGUCUGACAGCCGCCUUCAGAGGGUUUGGGCCUACCUCACAGUCAAACAACUCCUGGACAAGGCGCUGCAGUUGUCUGGGCCUGAGAAGGAUCGAAUGAGGGAAGAGGCCUUGAAGCUGUCACUGAAGUACAGCUUUGUGACCUCACUCACAUCUAUGGUGGUCACCAAGCCUGAGGGAGAAAACUCUGAUGUGCUGCAUAAACCCAAAGAAGGCCAGGUGCAGCCUAAUCCAGGCCAGAUGCAGCCUAAUCCAGGAAUUGUCGCUGGUGCUGGUAGUGCUGGAAAAAUAGGAAAAAGUGUUACUGGUAGUGAUGGAAGAAGAGGCAAGAAGCAGCCCAUUUCAGGAGGGAUGCAUCACUUUCUAGCCCGCAAUGACUACAACGAUUACGAUGACUCGUUUCAAAUAAUCACAUGCGACUGGACUGACGGUCAAAUGAGAAUAUAUUCAUCUUCAGAUAUCACUGCUGGUUCUGCUUCUCCCCAUGGCACAGUAGCUACUGUUCCUGUUUUGCACAGGUUUUUGAUUAAAACUGAGGAUCAGUCUCUUCCACUCUGCUUUGACGUCCCUGGAGACACUCGCCUUAAACUACUUCACCAUCCCAGUGAGGAGCUGUCUGUGAUUGGUCUCCUGGAUUCACCACCAAAUACAGGAUUUAAACUAAUCGUCAUCCACUUAAAGAAUAGCCAGGUUGUUGAGCUGUGCCCUGACGGCCUCAUUAAGCAACAGGUUCAAGGAGUUAUGCAUUACACUGGACAGAACCUUGUCUCAACUGACAUAACUGCUAUCGGACGAGACAAGGAAUUUGAUGUUGCCAUUAGAGACACUCGCAUGGUCGUCUUAAUUCAUGAGGUGGAUGGUAACAAGUUCCUCUGGCCGGUUUUAAGACAGAAACCGUCAGACAACAGUAUUGAUGGAAUUUUAGCCCUAAAGCCAGCAGCUUAUGAGGAGGUGCAGCAAAGUCCCUCCACAAAGCUGAAGAUCAGAGAUCAGGACAUUGCUGUCACCAGAUCCAGUGCUGUUGACUACAGUAUUUCUGCUGCCCCAACACUGGACUGCUGGUUCAUGUCUGCUGAGUCCGCUCUGCAGAGACGCCUGGAUGAUUUUACUGUUGCAAAUUAAUCGUCCGGCAGAAACUUUGCCUGAAACUUCCUCACUAGCCCAACAGGGGUCAGUAAUUUUCUUUUUAAAGCUUCCAUGCUUUUACUCAUUAUCCAGUCCCAUCUCUAGCAACUUAUUGUGUAAUACUGCAUUGCGAUGAUAUGGGUCUGAAUUUCUUAGUCCCACAGUAAAUCUGUAUCUCUGCCCAAUGAAGGAAAAACAAUUUUGUGGCCCAUGGUUGCGAUUAGGUUUAUUGUACACUUAUGAGGGCUUCAAAAUAAUCAGCAUCCUCCUUAAAACUGCCACUGGAGACACACACGAUCAUCUUAACUGAUCAGGUGUAUAAUAACAAGUUUCUCUGGCUGGUUUUAGGACAGCCCUCAGAUAAUAGAGUGGAUGGAAUUUUGGGUAAUGUCUACCUGCGCAUGAAUCAGAAAAUGUAUUCAGUGAUUGCAUCACAUUUGAUGGUUGACAAAUGAUUAAAAUGUGUGUUUUACUUCUUGUCUU